AUGUCAAAAUAUUCUGAGGUGCAAGUAAGCGAGGGGUGUGUGGGCACGCUGAAUUACCUUGCAAAAUAUCCUGAGAUCCCAGCGCCAAAGAUUCUGCGUGACUGGGGCGAUAGUGACGGGCGAUACUUUAUACUUCAAGAACUAAUGAAAGGACAAACCCUCGAACAGGCUUGGGGCUCACUAUCAGAAACCAGGAAUCUGCCAUCGCGGAUGAAGUGGUUGAAGUUCGCAAUAAGUUACGAUCCAUCACAUCGAAGUCUAUACAAGGUGUUGAUGAGAGUGCUUGCUAUCCUGGCUUUGGAAAGUCUCAAAAACCGACUGCCUAAGUGUGAGCCCAAUGUUCUCACUCAUUGCGACCUAAACCUAGGCAACAUCAUGGUCAAAGACGGGGUUGUGACUGGAAUACUUGACUGUGAGGUUUCUGCAUAUUAUCAUAUAUGGUAUGAAUAUGUUUCAGCCUCUUGGGGCUGGACCGAGAAAGACACAGAGUUGAAGAAGCUAUUUCAGGAACGGUUGGAUAUACAUGAAGAUCGAUACCCCGAUGCUAAGGCUUUCUGGAAGGAUUUGCGUCUUUUGAGGAAGUAUGAAAAUUUCGAUGACAAUGGCCAUGAAAUCUUCAAAUAA